UUAAAUAUUAACAAGAAGAAAAAUAUAUAUUUUUUAACUUAAAUUAAAUUAGUAUAAAAUAAUUGGAAGUUCUCUUAUAAAAAAAACUCCGGUGAAAAAUAGGAGGACACCCUUUAUAAACCUAAACCUAUCAUAGAUUUAGUAACACGAGUUUGCAAAAUUUGAGUUGUUAUUAUUCCUUCUUUUUCUUUAACCUAGCAAAGCUUCCGGCAGCUUCCGGCGGCAACUGUAAUUCAAGCUCGCCGUUUCUUGGUAUUGUUCCUUCCUCACCGUCCAUCAGAAGAAAGCUAUGUCGUACGAUGAUGUAGAAAUCGAAGACAUGGAGUGGAACGAGGAGUUGCAGUCAUACACGUAUCCUUGUCCAUGUGGGGAUCUGUUCCAGAUCACAAAGGAAGAUCUCAAGCUUGGCGAGGAGAUUGCUGGCUGCCCUAGUUGCUCCCUCUACAUCACUGUUAUCUACAACAUGGAAGAUUUUCUUGGCGAUUCUGAUCAAAAUAGAACAAACAAGGGUCUUCAGCCCUCCAAACAAGCUGUCACCGUUGCUUGAAUUUCAGAUGUCCUGAAAUGGUGGGAGCAAUAGAUUUUAUCAAGACUUUGAUAUAUCUUAGCAGUGAACAUCUUUUUUUUGCAAUAGGAAUUGAAUUUCUGGUAUUCUGGCAGAUCAAAGUAGAAAUGGUUAAUAGGAAAGAGUUUAUGGUAAGUACAACAAAAUUGUUAGUUAGUUAACUGUGGUCAAGAAUUUUGCUAUUGAACUCAAUAGUUAUUUGAUAUGAUACUAUGUUAAAUUAUGAAACAAAUUGAUCUGAUAGACUUCAUAAUAGUUCAUCUUUACAAAUUUAUAGAAGCUACUAUGAUAUUUUUUCCCC